CGAGGAAGCAGCAGAAGAAGAGUCCAAAGUUUAAACUCUGCAUUUUCAGCACAAAAAUGGAAAUGCAGCUUCCCCCCCAUGAAGGAGAUGAGCUCUCUGUGGUUGACAUGCACACAGGUGGAGAGCCUUUACGGAUCAUCGUCAGCGGAUACCCAGAGGUCAAAGGUGACAGUGUGUUAUCCAGGCGGCGUUAUGUCCGGGAACAUCUGGAUCACCUCAGGAGGGUGCUGAUGUUCGAGCCACGGGGACACUAUGACAUGUAUGGCGCCCUCAUCGUGGAUAGCGAGAUACCUGAGGCUGAUCUGGGGGUCCUCUUCAUGCACAAUGAGGGGUACAGCACCAUGUGUGGACACGCCGUCAUCGCACUCGGGCGCUUCGCCGUGGACUACAAACUGGUGAAGGAACCACAGUCACCAGAGACACAGGUGAACAUCCACUGUCCUUGUGGUCUGGUGAAGGCUUUUGUUGAGUAUUCAAACGGUAAAACAGGAGGAGUGAGGUUUCUCAGUGUACCAGCGUUCGCAUUUGCUACAGAUGUGACGGUGACAGUGGAAGGAUUUGGUGACGUUAUGGUUGACAUCAGCUACGGAGGAGCCUUCUAUGCCUUUGUAGACGCACAGAGGUUUGGUCUGGAUGUGACCAAGUCCAGGACUCGAGAUCUGGUAGAUGCAGCCACAGCAGUGACUAAAGCUGUCAAAUCUCAGGUGAAGUUGCACCAUCCAACCAGUGAUGAUCUGGCCUUCCUCUAUGGCACCAUCCUCACAGACGGCAAAGAUGAUUAUUCCUCUGAACCCACCGCCAACAUCUGUGUGUUUGCAGAAGCUCAGGUGGACCGAAGCCCCACUGGGUCUGGUGUUACAGCCCGGGUGGCUCUUCAGUAUCACAAAGGUCUCAUCCAGCUGGACCAGGUCAGGACGUUUCAAAGCGGAGCCACUGGAUCUCAGUUCACGGGGAAAGCUGUGGAGGAGACAAAGUGUGGAGACUUCAAGGCGGUGGUGGUGGAGGUCGCUGGCAGAGCGUUUUACACCGGAGUCUCAGGCUUCGUUCAGGAGCCGGAGGAUAAACUGACACACGGGUUUCUACUGAAGUGAGCCUCAGUUAUACAUGAUCAAAGAUACUUUACAGUUAUAGAAUGAUUUCAUAGCUUAACAAGACUAGGAGUCUUCAGUCUUGUGAAUGGCACAGAUGCUCACAAUGGCAAUACUAAAAUGGUUUAGCAGAUAUGUGUACUGCAUUAGCUUACAUUUACCUAUUAGCACUAAACCACUGAGCGUGAUGGGAAUAUCAUCAUUUUGGUCAUUAAUCAAAGUAUUGGACAAAAGAAUAGUGUACCUGGUGGUGGCGCUAGAGGACAUUCAUCAUCCGCACAGUGAAUAUCUACAACAUUUAAAGUCAAUACAUCGAGAUAUUUCUGUCUAGACUGACUGACUGACAUCGCCUCCCUAAAGCUGCGCUGCCACAAGAAAUUGAAAUUUUAAACUAUGUAAAAAUCUCUGUUCUCUAAGAAGAACAUUGAUCAGCUCUAUAGUGGUAUUUAAUUUUGUUCUGAAUGACCCAAGCAGUAGAAUAAGAGAUAAUGCAAAAAAGCAAAUAGAUUAUUUUAUGCAUCACAUGUUGCUUAAAUGACUACAAAACACUAUAAUUAAAAACAAUGAAACAAUCCAGAUGAAUAAAAAUAUCAUGUAUACUGUAUUGUGACAAUAAAUAAAUAAGUUUUUUACCUUUUGGAGCAGUGUAUGACUAAAUAUAGUUACUCAUCAGGUUAGCUUUUAUCUAGAAUUUCAAAUACAUUUAUUCAAUCACAUUUGAGGAUUUGCUGACGUGUUUUGUUUCUGUCUCGUCCUCUAAUAACGGGGGUUUGAUCCUCUCUGUGGUACCUGUAUGAGUAGCUGUGGGUGAGCUCGGCUGAUUGUA